GCCGCAUGAAAGAGAUGAUUUGCAUAUCAACUUCAGGUUUAUUCACUAUGGGGAACUUUCGUUUGCUUGGGUUUAUCGGUGCACUGAUUUGCCUUAUUGUUGCAUGCAGAGCCACCAUGUACAUGGUCGGUGAUACCUCUGGUUGGGAUAUUAGUACUGAUCUUGAUUCAUGGGUGAUGGGCAAGAGAUUCGUUGUUGGAGAUGUUCUUGCAUUUCAAUUCUCAUCAUCAUCAGUAUGUGAGCUGACAAAGCAAGAGUUUGAUAGUUGCGACACCAAUAAUGCUCUGCUUAGAAGUACCUCAGGAAACACAACCUUCCCUUUAACAAAACCAGGAGACAGGUACUUUGCUUGUUGCAACCGACUAUACUGUCUAGGAGGGAUGAAGCUUCACGUACAUGUUGAACCCAACUCAACUGCUGUGUCAACUGCUUCAACAGCAGGAGCACCUGAAGCAGCUCUUGCACCAAAUUCCGUGGGCUUACUGCCCAAAACUUCCAAGAGCAAUCACCCUGUUCUAGCUUCCUCAGCUGAGUUUGUCAGAAUUGGCGACGCUUUCUUCCUAUUUUUGCUUGGUUUUCUGGGCUUCACAAUUCUGAGUGUGGGUAUUAUAUGAGAUUAUUUCUGGUUAUAUGUUUGACCAUUUAUACAUAAUACAUGAGUUGAAGAAGUAUCGUAUACAUAUUCUUUGUGCUAGAAACAUAAGCUAUUAUUGAAAAGAAAUAUACAUUGUAUGUAAUAUUACAAUUUUGUAAAAAAAAAAUUCGUUUACUUGGAAGACAAAGCACGGCCUUUCUGCUACAA